AUGUUCUGGGUGUGGUGGAAGAAUCAUUUUGGCCUUAGGCUGAUCGUUUCCAGUAACAUCAAAGGCAUCUGCCAGCUAGAAAAGCUGCAGAACCAGAGCACUAAAAUGACCAGGGGCAUGGAACAAUUUUUGCAAGGACAGAGUGGAGUCGAAGUAUUGGGGAGAGGCACAAAAGUGUUUAUAGCUAGGACUAAAAAGAAACUGGAAAGAUGGCAAGGGAAUGGUGAAAAGUGUUUAUAUGCUGCAUAUAUGGAAGUCUACCAGUUUCCUAGUACUCUAGAAGUGGUGCUGGAUGUUAACAGCGAAUUGCAUGUGAAGGUAAAUGAAGAAAAAGACCUAGCCCCUUGGCCCUCCAUCAGAAGACAUAAACGAGAAUGGGUUAAAUUUGCGAGACCUAUUCGAGAAAGAGAUGACAAUUCAAAGAGGAAUCCAAUUGCUACAAUUCAUUCAGAUUUUCAAGAGAAGCAGAACAUUAAAUAUCGCAUCUCAGGAGUCGGAAUUGAUCAGCCUCCUUAUGGAGUGUUCAUCAUCGAUGAAAACACCGGAGCCAUCAACAUAACGGCCAUCGUUGAUCGUGAGGAAGUUGACACCUAUUUGAUUAACUGCCGUGCUGUCAAUGAUUGGGGUCAGGAUGUGGAACGUCUACUUGUGCUGAGAGUGAAAGUAUUAGACAUAAAUGAUAAUCCACCAAUAUUUUCUCAAACUGUGUUUUCAGGUCAAGUUGAAGAGAACAGUCCAAUAAACACCCUGAUCAUGGCUGUAAAUGCUACCGAUGCGGAUGAACCAAACACUCUGAAUUCUAAAAUCGCCUUCAAGAUAGUCUCUCAGGAGCCUGCAGCGGCACCAAUGUUCAUCUUAAACAGACACACGGGAGAAGUUCGGACUAUGACCAACACUCUGGACAGAGAGCAAUUCAGCAGCUACAGACUCCUUAUAAGAGGUUCAGAUCUUGAUGGAGCUGAGCACGGACUGUCAUCUGACAGUGAAUGCGAAAUUGAAAUUACAGAUGUCAACGACAAUUUCCCUUUCUUUCAACAUUCAGAGUACUCCACCCAGAUUGAAGAAAACGUUCUGAGCGCUGAACUGUUACGACUUCAAGUGACAGACUUGGAUGAAAUAUUUUCAGAUAAUUGGCUUGCAGAAUUUUUCUUUACCUCUGGAAACGAAGGAAAAUGGUUUAAAAUACACACUGAUAGAACUACUAAUGAAGGGAUUCUCAGUGUUGUCAAGACUCUGGACUAUGAACAGAUGCAGAAUGUACAGUUGGGUAUUGCUGUUAAAAAUGUAGCUGAAUUUCAUCAUACUGUUAUUCACCAAUAUCGAAUUCAGUCCACUCCGGUCAGAAUAAAGAUUAUAAAUGUAAAAGAGGGAAUUGUAUUCAAGCCCCCUUCAAAGAAGUUCACCGUACAAAGAGGCAUAAGGGGUCAAGCCUUCAUUAAUUAUAUUCUCGGAACAUAUGUGGCCACCGAUGAAGAUACUGGCAGAGCAGUGACAAGCAUCAGAUACAUCAUGGGCCGUAAUGAAGGUGGUUUAUUAGCUGUUGAUUCAAGAACCGCUGAGAUUAAAUUUGUCAAAGUGGUUGACAGAGACUUAACUUUCAUAAUCAAUAAGACAUUCACAGCUGAGAUUCUGGCUAUAGACGAAAGUGGAAAAACAGCAACAGGAACCAUAUUGGUGGAGAUCCCAGAUUUCAUUGAAAGUUGUCCGAUCAUCGGCAUCGACAGAAGGACUGUCUGUAGUGUGUCGCCAUCCAUCAUUGUCACGGCUCGGGCACCAGGAAGCAAACAAAACCAAGGACCCUUCACAUUUUCCCUGGCAAAUCAGCCUCCCGGAAAACGCUUAUGGACCAUACAAGCCCUGAAUGCUACUGCUGCUGAAGUAAAGGCUCAACAGCCUCUGGCCUUUGGGACACAUUCGGUUUCUCUCAAUGUGAAAGGGGGACAAGAUCGGAAUUGUGAAGCUUCAGAGACUCUGACACUCCAAGUGUGCGACUGUGACAGCAACCAGAGAUGUAUUAAUCAAGGAACAACUGCUCCUACAAUUACUGUUCAUGGAGGGAAGACCGCCAACAGAAGAGGAGAGAGAAGGGUAGGAUUGGGUCCUGCUGGCAUUGGCCUGCUAAUCCUCGGCCUCUUGCUGCUGCUGUUGGUUCCACUGCUGCUACUAUUCUGUGACUGUGGAGCAGGAGCAUUCCCUGCCGUUGGGGCUGGCUUUAUCCCUGUCCCUGAAGAGCCGGAUGGGGGCCUUCACAAAUGGGGCAUCGAAGGAGCCCAGCCUAAAGACAAGGAGGUGGGACAGGUUUGUGGAUCAACAACAAUAGUUACAAAUGGGACUGAAUGUGUGGAAACUUCAGGAGAAGUUUGUACAAAUGCAGGAGGGGCAGUGGUGGACGGAGCUUCAGGAAUGGAAAUGAUCACUUGUUCGAGGCAUGUAACGGCUUCCAGACUCGAAGUAACCAAUGGAAUGGCUGGAUUCUGUGGGACAAGAUCGAGACAUUCUACAGGAGGAACCCUGAGGGAGUGUGCAGAAGGAUCAGUAAACAUGGCUUUCCUGGAUUCCUAUUUCUCUCAGAAGGCUCUCGCUUGCACCGACGAAGACGAUGUCCAAAGGGUGAAUGACUGUCUGCUGAUCUACGACGACGAAGGAAUAGAGGCCCCAAAGUCCCCCACGGGCUCCGUGGGCUGUUGCAGUUUCAUCGCCGAUGAUUUGGACGACAGCUUCCUGGACAAUUUAGGGCCCAAGUUUAAGAAACUGGCGGCUAUCAGUCUGGGCCUCGAUGACGAAAACCAGCCAACCCAAUCCAGCGUGCCCACCCCCGGCUCUCAGUGCCAGGCACCGUCUCCCCAACCGCCGUGUGCCGGGUCUCCCUCCCCGACUCCGUGUGUUUCCGUGUGUGACCCGUUGUCUAUGGCCCCUGUCCCUGACCGCUUGCACCAAGGAAACUUCUUGGUGACUGAGACUUACACCAGUUCAGGUUCAUUCCGUCAGGCCCCCGCGGGGACCAUCGACUCUCAGAUUUCACAAAACGUGGUGGUGACCGAGAGGGUGUUCUGCCCUGUUCCUAUCCCCGGGGGCAACUUGGGUACCUCUUCUGAGUUAUCGAGGUCACGAAAUGUGAUCUAUUCAGAGGAGCCAUGCUCCGUCCUGACAGGACCGGGGCCGGUUGGAAUGAUCUGAUGGGCCCAAUUAGUGGCUUUUUUUCCCCUUGCAGACCCCUCAUUAGGGGAGAAAUGCCCCCUGCAACACAAUCUUCUAAAGAGUUAGUCACCUA